UCAACGAAACAGAAGCGAUGAUUGUCGUCGGUUUGCUCCGCCCCUUUCUCAGUCUCAUCGAAGUUCCUGGAAUUUUCAAAACACCCUUUCUUUCUCGUCCAACAGAAACACUCACCCAAUCACUGCUCAAAGCUUGGCCGCCAUGGAAAUCCAUCUUUCGCUUUGCUUUCUCCACCCCAAUAAUGCCAAAUUUGACAUUCAGUAUCAUCAUAUCGGUCCUUCUUGAUGGAACUUCAAGCUAAGAUUCCCAUGCUAAGCAAUUCCCUUUUCUGGAAUUUGCUAUCUCAAGCUUUGUAUUUAUGGCUCUGAUCUUCAUUCGCCUAACACUCAAAUACUAGCUUCUUACACUCUUGUUUUUACUUAUUAGUGGAACCUCUGAGCUGAGCUGAGCUAUAUAUGAAUAACGGCAACGAACAGUAUGCGUCGCGGCGGUAGCGGUGGAAGUGAUCAAUACCGACGUGGUGAUGAUGGCGGAAGAGGUGGUGGCGGCCGCCGAGGGAAUCAUCACAACCGCCCAGGCCAAGGUGCCUUUGGUGGCGGACGAAGAAAUGCACCAGGUUGGGGUGGUUCUUGCAAUAACUCACCAGCCCAACCUCAGUCUAAGGCCCCUGCUGAGGCCAAUAUGCAAACACCGAGAAUUACUGAGCAGCAGGUCCAGUCUUCCCCUUCAGAAACAACUGCGAACCACCUUAAACCAGUUAACCGACCAGAUAGGGGAACUAUUGCUGUCAAGUCAAUCAAGCUGCGUGCUAAUCACUUCCGAGUAAGAUAUAAUCCUCGUACCACGAUAAUGCACUAUGAUGUGGAUAUCAAGCAAUUAGGCCCUGAUGCUCAGCCCCAAAAGAAGUCGAUACCAAAAUCUGUGUUGUUCUUGAUUAGGGACCAGCUGUUUCAAGAUUAUCCUGAUAUAUUUCCCGUAGAUAAGAUUGUUUAUGAUGGUGAGAGGAACAUUUUCAGUGCCAUUCAACUGCCUACUGGGAAAUUCAAGAUUGUGUUGUCUGAUGGGGAGAACUCCAAAACUCGCAUUUAUACGUUCUCGAUCAAGCUGGUUAGAGAUUGCUCGAUGAGGAGCCUCUUGCAAGCACCUCGGAAUAUGCUUCAGGGAUUGGAUUUGGUUAUGAAAGAUAACCCUUCUAGGCAUAGGAUGUCUAUAGGUAGAAGCUUUUACUCAACCGAGUAUCGAGCUCGUGAUGAUCUCGGGUGUGGGGCUGCAGCAUACAGAGGCUUCCGACAGAGUCUAAAGGUUACCUCACAAGGUCUUGCCUUGGGCGUGGACUACUCGGUUAUGGCAUUUCAUAAGCCACAGCCAGUGUUGGAGUUUCUUAACGAGCACAUCCCGAACUUUAGUAUAGACCGUUUCGACACCUUCAAGCAACGGGUGAUCGAUGCAGUACGAGGCUUGAAAGUGAAGGUCACCCACCGUGUUACCAAACAAAAGUUUACCAUCUCUAGGCUAACUGAUGAUAAAACUCGGGAUCUUUCUUUUGAGCUUCAAGAUCCAAAAGGAAAAAACCCACCUAGGAUAGUUUCUGUGGUUGAUUAUUUUAGGGAGAGAUAUGGCGUAGAGAUUAAGCACAAGGAUAUCUCAUGCUUGGAUUUAGGGAAAAAUAACAUGUCAAACUUUGUACCGAUAGAAUUCUGUGUAUUGGUUGAGGGACAAAGGUUUCUGAAGGAGAAUUUAGAGUUUGAAGCAGGCAGGUUGUUGAAAAGAAUAUCACAGCCUCCACCAGAGCAAAGGAUGGGUGCAAUCCAUGAAAUAAUGCAGGCAGUGGAUGGACCUUGCGGAGCUGUCACUCAAAGUUUUGGAAUUGGAAUCGAGAAGAACAUGACACCUCUUACCGGUCGUAUACUUCCUGCUCCUGAUUUGAAAUUAGGCACUUCAGAUAGAGUUCUUGUCAAUGAUAAAGGCCAAUGGGAUCUCGCUGAGAAUUCUUUAGUUGAGGGCAGACCAGUUCUGCGAUGGGCGUUGAUAGAUUUUACAACCUUUGAAUAUCGUCAUAGGCUAAAGGAGAGAUACUUCGUCAGCAACUUGAAGCAACGAUGCAAGGAGUUAAGAAUCCACCUCGAGGAUCCUCUAAUUCAUCGUCGUACUAACAUGCAGGAGCUCUCGAAUGCCAAGAAGGUUGAAGAUCUCCUUAAAAAUGUGGUUGAGGAUGCAAAUAAAAAAACCCCGGGUAAACUGCAAGUCAUAGUUUGUGUGAUGGGUUCAAAGCAUUAUGGGUAUAAGUAUUUGAAAUGGGUUUCUGAGACAAAGAUUGGAGUAGUUACCCAAUGUUGCUUGUCGAGAAAUGCAAAUGAAGCAAGGCAUCAAUAUCUUGGUCAUCUUUGUAUGAAGCUAAAUGCGAAGCUUGGAGGAAGCAAUGUGGAGCUCUUGGAAAGGCUCCCACAUUUCGAAGGCGAAGACGAUGUUAUGUUCAUUGGAGCUGAUGUCAAUCACCCGAGUGCACAAAACUCGACGGGUCCAUCCAUGGCUGCAGUUGUUGCCACGGUUAACUGGCCUGCUGCGAAUCGCUAUGCUGCUCGGGUUUGCCCACAAGAGCAUCGUAAAGAAAAGAUUCUUAGUUUCGGGAGCAUGUGUGGUGAGCUUGUGAAUACUUAUGCUCGAUUGAACUAUGUGAAACCCAAAAGAAUUGUGGUCUUUCGGGAUGGUGUGGGUGAGAGCCAAUUGAGCAUGGUUCUUAAUGAAGAACUAGAUGAGUUGAAGAAGGGUAUUUGUGAAGCAAACUACCAACCAACAGUGACUUUGGUUGUGGCUCAGAAGAGACACCCCACUCGGAUGUUUCUCCAGAAUAGGAGGGAUGGGGGUGGCUCUGGCAAUGUGCCUCCGGGAACUGUUGUAGACACAGUUGUUGUUCAUCCAUCAGAAUUCGACUUUUAUCUCUACAGCCAUUACGGGAGCAUUGGGACGAGCAAGCCAACACACUACUAUGUUGUCCAUGACGAGAAUCGUUUCAGUUCUGAUGACUUGCAGAGGCUCAUUUAUAAUUUGUGCUUCACUUCUGCUCGGUGCACCAAGUCUGUUUCACUCGUUCCACCGGUUUUCUAUGCAGACCUUGUUGCCUACCGGGGGCGCCUCUUCCAAGAGGUGGUCAGGGAGAUGGAAUCUCCCGUCUCAUCAUCGUCAUCAUCAUCUGAAUCAUCGUCAUCUUCAUCUUCUGCUGCUUCGUUCCAACGGAUGUUCUAUGAUGUGCAUCCAGAUCUCCAAAACAGCAUGUUCUUUAUCUGAUAUGAGGCUCUAAACAGCAGAGGAGGGUUGAGUUUGUUCGUGAAUCUAACUGGUUCGUGUAUUUUGCUUUAUGUCAGCUUUCCUUGAGUCAUCUGAGGCUGAUAGAAAUAAAUGUGUGUAUGUGCUAGUGUAAUUUGAUGUAUCUGAUAUGGUAAGCAUGUUACACUAAAUAUACAAGUAUAAUACAUGUAAUGUUUUAACUUCAUAGCGGGAGCCAAUAAGACCGAGCACCUUAAG